AUGACUUCUACAACCCUCCCUAAAGGGGACGACGGCGCGCUCAAGGCAGCAUACGUGGACACUCCUGAAGGCCAGAUCCAUUACUAUCACAUCUCGCCUACUUCUGCUACCUCUGAGGAUGUUUCUUCCCGGCUACCGAUCUUUCUGCUGCACAUGUCAGCAUCAUCGUCAAGAUGCUUCCACUCUCUGAUGCGAUCGCUGGCGGCACUGGGAUACUCCUGCUAUGCUCCUGAUAUGCCUGGGUUCGGCUCGUCUUUUGAUCCCGCAUACGAUCCGCCCGCGAUCGCCUGGUACACUGACCUGUACUACAACACAUUCUCCAAGUUUCCCGAAUUCCAGAAGCGCGGAUGCCACCUUAUUGGUCACCAUUCAGGGGGCACACUGGGCUCGGAUCUUGCGGCGAGGUACCCCGACUUUGUACAAAGCUUGACCUUUGUGGGCCCAGGCGUGAUGGACGCGGCAGCGAGAAAGGAAAUGUCCAAGACGUUCCUGGACCCUUUCAAUCGGCCGGUUCCGUCUGGAGAGCAUCUGAUCAAAACGUGGGACUACCUGAUCUGGGAAGGUAUCCCCAAAACCAACCUGGAUUUGUUGCAGCGGGAAGCCCUCGACCACAUCCGGGCUUGGAAGGGGAGAUCCCAGAUCUACGCCUGUAUCUGGGAGCAUGAUGUUGGCGACUCCAUCACCAAGAUGAAUCCCAGUUGCAAGAUCCUGGCGUUGUGUGCCAAGGACGAUGUGCUAUGGAAAUACUUCGACAAUAUCAAGGCCCUGACCAAGAGCCUGGGACGAGACGCCGUCUGCCGUGAAAUCAAGGGCUCCAAUUUUUCACCCGACUUGGAUUCGGAAACGAUUUUCGAGUACUUUGUUGAAACCAUGCUCAAGAACUAA